AUGGUUGCGCGAGAAAUUUUUCUGAUGAGCCAGACUCAGUCCUCAGCGAAGCUUUCGCAGGAGGAAUUCGAGGAGCUCGCGCUCAGUUUGGAGGCGAGCAAGGUGCCGUUCUUGCUCACAGUCAGGCCGCCCCAGUUCGUGGACGAGGGCGACACGACAGUCCUGGUGAAGAACAGUGACUUCUACAAGAACUUCGUCGAGCGGACCAAGGGACGAGGCCUGGUGGUUUCAUGGGCGCCGCAGAGAGAAGUUCUGGCGCACAGGGCAGUGGCUGGAUUCGUGAGCCACUGCGGAUGGAACUCGGUCCUGGAGAGCGUCUCCAGCGCCGUGCCGAUCAUCUGCUGGCCUCGGAUAUACGAGCAGGGGCUCAACCGCAAGAUCAUGGUGGAGAGGUGCCACAUCGGGGUGGAAGUUUCGGACGGGAGGAGCUCCGACGCGUUUGUGAAGCGGGAGGAGAUUGCUGAGGCCAUUGCGAGGAUCUUUAGCGACAAAGCUCGAAAGGCGAGAGCGAGGGAAUUCAGGGACGCGGCGAAAAAGGCAGCGGCGUCGGGUGGUGGCUCUCGGAAUAACCUGAUGCUGUUCACAGACUUGCUGAUGUUUGCUCCCGGCCAAUGGGAGGCGGCCAAGCCGCGUGGGGCGGGAGAAGAAGGCACAGCGACACGUGUGCCAGUGUGGCAAUCGCAGCAAUUGUGCUUCUUCCUGCAAAGGUCUGUGUUCACAGUCAGCCCGGCAGCUGCUAAUUUGGCCCCCAACCCCAACAAUCUGGAUUUUUGUGUGCUGUGA